UGAAUCCCCUUCCUUUCUGCUGCAAAGAUGGCGGAGUACGAUCUGACCACCAAGAUCGCGCAUUUUUUGGAUCGCCAUUUGGUGUUCCCUUUGCUGGAAUUCUUGUCUGUUAAAGAGAUUUACAAUGAGAAGGAACUUCUGCAAGGAAAGCUGGACCUGCUCAGUGACACCAACAUGGUGGACUUCGCCAUGGAUGUUUACAAAAACCUGUACCCUGACAAGGAGAUUCCCCACUCCUUGAGGGAGAAGAGAACUACAGUUGUGGCGCAACUGAAGCAACUGCAGUCUGAAACAGAGCCCAUUGUGAAAAUGUUUGAAGAUCCAGAAACCACCAGGCAGAUGCAGUCCACAAGGGAUGGACGAAUGCUGUUUGACUAUCUGGCAGAGAAGCACAAUUUCCGUCAGGAGUAUCUGGAUACCCUGUACAGAUAUGCCAAGUUCCAGUAUGAAUGUGGAAAUUACUCUGGAGCUGCUGAAUACCUCUAUUUCUUCCGUGUUCUGGUCCCCUCUACAGACAGGAAUGCUCUGAGCUCCUUAUGGGGCAAGCUGGCCUCUGAGAUCCUAAUGCAGAACUGGGAAGCUGCAAUGGAAGACCUCACAAGGCUGAAGGAGACCAUUGAUAACAAUUCUGUCAGCUCUCCACUCCAGUCUCUCCAGCAGAGGACUUGGCUGAUCCAUUGGUCACUCUUUGUCUUCUUCAACCAUCCUAAAGGCAGAGAUAACAUCAUCGACCUCUUCCUUUACCAGCCACAGUAUCUAAAUGCCAUACAGACCAUGUGUCCACACAUCCUCCGCUACUUGACAACAGCUGUGAUCACAAACAAGGACGUAAGAAAACGGAGGCAAGUCCUCAAAGAUCUGGUUAAGGUUAUCCAGCAGGAGUCUUACACUUACAAGGACCCAAUUACGGAGUUUGUGGAGUGUCUCUAUGUGAACUUUGACUUCGACAGUGCCCAGAAGAAGCUGAGGGAGUGCGAGUCGGUUCUGGUGAAUGACUUCUUCUUGGUGGCUUGUUUGGAAGACUUCAUUGAAAAUGCCCGUCUCUUUAUUUUUGAGACUUUCUGUCGUAUUCAUCAAUGCAUUAGCAUCAGCAUGCUGGCAGAUAAACUGAAUAUGACACCUGAAGAAGCAGAGAGAUGGAUAGUCAACUUAAUUCGCAAUGCAAGGCUGGAUGCAAAAAUAGAUUCCAAACUGGGCCAUGUUGUAAUGGGCAACAAUGCCGUAUCACCCUACCAGCAAGUGAUUGAGAAGACAAAGAGCCUUUCGUUUCGCAGUCAGAUGCUGGCUAUGAACAUUGAGAAGAAGCUUAACCAUAACAACAGGAAUGAGGCUCCAAACUGGGCUACUCAGGAUUCGGGAUUUUAUUAAACAAACAAUUCAAGACAAAGCCAGAAGAGCAGUUUCGUAUUCUAUCACGUACAGCAUUCCUAUCCUGUUGCAUCUUUAAACUGUUUUCUAAAAGAGCUUUGCAUUGAGUAGGGAUCUUAAGUGAUUCAAUAAAACAAGUACGGAACUUUAUUCUCA